AUGACUGACUACAACAGCCUCACCGUCGCGAACCUUCGGACCUUGCUGAAAGACCGCGGCAUUGCCUCGACCGGCCUCACGCGCAAACGGCAGAUCAUUGACAAGCUCGAAGAGGCUGAUAGCAAGGGCGAUGGCAACAGCAACGGCGUCAGCAAUGCGGCACCGGUCUUGGAGCCAGCAGUGGAUGAGGAAGAUGGGCCGCAGGCGGACGGUGCUCUGCCCACGGACGAGCACAAUACCCAGCAAGUAGCAGAGGACACGGUAGUUUCGCAAAUAUCCGGCAGCGAACAGACCCUAGAAGCCCAGGAUGCAGACUCCGCGAUCCACGCAGCCAUUCAGCCACCCGAAAGAGCGGUCCCAGGGACCGUUACGAACGAGGGACUGGAAGAACGGGCUGCGUCCCCAGCUUCAAGCGCUACGAUGCCUCCAGAAAAGCCACCGCAGCCUGAACAAGCUGAAGUGCCGCCCACAGUCGCGCAGCCCUCGACAUCCCAGACGCCUAUACCGUCGCACGAGAAGCCAGCGCCGGCGGAUGAUGUGUCCCUCCCAGCGGCAACCCGAGAGUCCACAAUGCAAGAGCCCUCGAGGAUGAACACAGAGGAGUUGAGGGAGGAUAGCCGCAAGCGAAAGAGGCGUAGUGCUACUCCGCCACUUGAUGCCGAAGAAGCUAGCAAGAAGCUGAAAUUGGGUGGUUCGACGCGGUUCCCCGAACACGUAGCGGUGCGGACGCCGGUCGAUACUUCGAAUAAUGCAGGAGCAGACAUUGUCAUGGCUGAGCCUGCAGUGGAGGCCUCUGAAGUUACACCCAGCACAGCAGCAGACGAUUUUGCCUUCAAUGACAGUCAUAUGGAGGGCGGUGCAAGUGCAGCGCUCUUGGAGGUGCCGGUAGGCAGAGAGGAUAUACCAGCUACCGGAUCAGAUACUCUACUGCAACCAGAACAACCGCCAGAGGAAGAGCACGAAGCUGUGCCGGAUGUUGCAAGCGCAGAAAACAAGCAGGACGAGCAGGAGCGACGGGAGCAAGAGAAGCCAGAACCUGAAGCCGAAGAGGAGGCAGCUCCGGAACCGCCCAGCCAAGUUGGACGUCCGCCAUCGCCGAAACAUCGAUCACUCUCUCCAGCACACAAACGUGGGCUACCUAGUAAACCCUCCCGCUACGCCAAUCUCCUGAAUCGGCCUGCGUCCCCUACUCGUGCUACACGUGUUUCACCCGAAGCUGAGGCCGACCGCCUAAUACCCCCGGCCAUGCACCCUGCAACAGCCGUCCUCUACAUCCGCGACUUCAUGCGCCCUCUGCAGCCCGCCGGCCUCCGCUCCCACCUUAUACAGCUGGCCUCUCCGCCAUCCUCAUCUCCCGACCCUUCAGUGCUGGAGUCCUUCUUCCUAGACUCGAUCAAAACCCACUGCUUCUGCCGCUUCUCCUCCAUCACCGCCGCCGCCAGAGUCCGCGCCGCUCUACACGGCGCCGUCUGGCCACCCGAACGGACGCGGAAACCGCUCUUCGUGGACUUCAUCCCGGAAGAGAAGCUGGAGGAAUGGAUCAGGAUCGAAGAGGACGAUGCUGCGGCCUCGCGGGGCGGCAGAGGCGGAAAGCGGUGGGAAGUCGCAUAUGUGGACAGCCCUGACGGCAUCAGGGCGUCGUUUCAGGAAGCCGGUACUGGUGUUCCCGCAAGGAGACCUUCCGGGCUGGUGAUGAACACUGGCUUAGGAACAAAUCCAGCACCCCCCGCACCUUCGCGCCUCGGAGACAGACGCCCGUCCUCGCCUGCCCGUCGGCCUGACAGUCCCAGGCGAAGACCAACCACAGCUAUCGCUCCGCAAAGAAAAGAUACGGGCCAGUCUUUCCUAGCGCUAGACGCGCUUUUCAAGAGCACAACUGCGAAGCCGAAGCUGUACUUCCUUCCGGUGAAGAAAGAGUUGUCCGAGAAGCGGCUGGAUGAGCUGGAGAAAUGCACCAGUCGGGAUUGGGACAAGAAGAGCAAGCUUGGUGAAGAGUUGAGAAGGUACACCUUCGAGGACGGAGACUAUCUGGUCGACGAAGGAAGCCAUUAUGAGCCGAGGAACGGGGGCGCUGAACGAAGGGGAGGAUUUAGGGGAAGAGGCGGUGGAUAUAGAGGUGGUCGAGGAAGGUGGGAUUGA